AGGAGAUUAUGCAAUAUCUGCAAAAGUAGAAUGGAAAUACGCUGCGAAUGCUUUGACCAUGGUGGAGGCAAUUGUGUACAUUGUGGUAGAUAAAUCUAAUGAAGAUUGUGACCAAAAUUGAUCGCAUAGGACGAGGAGAUUUUGCAGUAUCUGGCACAAUCGAAUGGAAUUACGCUACAGAUGAAUCGACCACGAUAGAGGCCAUAGCGUACAGAAGCUCUUCGGGAGCUGAAGCCGAUUACAAACUCCUGCCAUGGUCAAUUCCAAAGCAACCGUUUUAUGAGUACCUCGACAACUACUACAAGGAUGUUUUAAUGAAGAUGUUUAGCCAUUGUACCAAUCUUCCACAAUUUGAGGGUAAAUUCCAACCACCUUGGCCAUCCAAGACCUAUGUGAUAGAUAAAUGCGUACUUGGAGAUGGCGAUGGACUGCCAGAGGUGGUCCCUCCUGGAUUCUACAAGAUCGUUUUGAGUUUCAGCGGAACAGAUCAGCCCUCAUGGGGAGCUGUUGCAAUUCUUAAAAUAACACCGAAAAUAUAUUAAAUUGUGAUGAGAAAUAUU